ACCCAUUCGAACACUCGUAGAAAUAUCUCAUACCUCAUUCAUUAGCUGGAUCCUUCGCUAGGGAAGGAGGAGGUUAAACCCUAAAUCUCUUCGAAGAGACAAAGGAGGGGAGAUUUAGGGCAGGGGAGGGCUGGCCGGCUGGGGAAGGAGGAGGGUUUUGCUGCCAAUAUCUUCGAAGAGAUGAAGGUGAGGAUAUUUCGCUGGACGUUCGAUGGUGCGGAGAGAUUUCAUUGGACACGGAAAGGUUUCGUGUGGAGAGAUUUAGGAUAGAGAAACAGAGAGAAAUGAGCACGGAGAUAUUUGGGAGAGAUGCAGGAGAAAAAAAAAAUGAAUUUUUUUGGUACUGGUAUGAAAAUGUCCACAUGAGAGUCCAGAUCGAGAUGGAGUUUAGAGAUGUAUAUCAUUUCUCUAAUUUAAUUAUUAGACAUUUUCUACGGCACUAAUCGGUCAGACAGCAUUCAAACCCUUGUCCUCGCCAGAUGAAUCUUUGGCUUUCCCAUCCGCCGGUCAUCCCCUCGAUCCAACCGAGCAUUCUCCUCCGCUAUUCUGUCACUGACCUCGGCGGACCCAGGAACCAGAGGCGAAAGCGCGGCAGACGGCGAAGGAUCCCCAUUGGACCGUUUGUUCGUGCUGUGGCUCUUGGCCGCGCCGCCCUCUCCCUCGCCGGGAAGUUCUUCUGGCCUCUGGGGGCAGAUCCGCCGGAUCUUCUGCUCCUCCUCGAGGGGGACGGAGGGGGAGCGAGCGGAGGGCGAAAAGGGUUCUGGGAAGACAGCUGGUGGUUCGGAGGGUGGGGGAGGCGGCGGCGGCGGAGUGGAAAUGGGGUGAUGGAGCUGAUCCUGUUCGCGACUUUAGCAGCAAUGAUAGGGAGCGUUCCAGAGAAGAAAUUGACGGCAAGAAUGCUGCUUCUGGGGUUCAGCAAAAAGGGGGUUUUGAAUAGAGAGGCCGGGCUUGUAGCACUGGCAUUUAUGGUUUGUUUCUUGGCCUGGAAUCGUCUUCGCCGGAGAAGAGACGGCCGACUAAAGUGGAUCCGAGGAUCAUGUACUCAUGUCCAAACACCAUUUUUUCUUUUAUUUUGUGGAGCUGAUUCAAGCAAACCACAAGAGGAAUUUGGUUAGCUCCUCUCAUAUGCUGCCAGCAGGGGCUGAUUUUUGUAAAGUGCAGAGCGAAAGACCAGGCCUGCAGAGCGGAAGACCAGGUCAGUAGAGCAGAAGACCAGGUCAGCAGAGCGGAAGACCAGGUCAGCAGAAUAGAAGACCAGGGCAGGUCUGCAGAACGGCAAACCAGAGUGGCAGGGCAGGUCUGCAGAGCAGCAGACCAGAACUGCAGUGCGGAAGACCAGAGCAGCAGGGUAGGUCUGUAGAGCGGCAAACCAGAGCAGCAGACCAGAGCUGCAGUGCGGAAGACCAGAGCAGCAGGGCAGGUUUGCAGAGCGGAAGAUCAGAGCUGCAGGGCAGGUCUACAGAGCGACAGACCAGAACAUCAGUACAAGUCUGAGCGGAAGACCAGAGAGAUAGAGCAGGUCUGCAGAGUGUUAGACCAGAUUGGCAAAGCGGAAGACCAGGUCUGUAGAACGGAACGACAGAGUUGGUCUGCAGAGCGGAAGACCAAACCUGCACUUGAUCUGGCAAAAGACAGAUCGGGCGACGAGACUGGCCGACCGGGAAAACUGACCGAGGCCUGCGAGAGUCGCAGUUUCCUUGAAACAGAUUCGCCCACCUCCGACUGUGCUUCGAGGUUUACAAGGGUCAUCUGUUUCCCAGGAUACAACGGUAGACCGUGAAUUCGAUCAAGCACUGGUGGUCACGGCGAACUGAGUGACACCCGAUUACUAUCACGGGCACUCCGUCGAGCAGGAGCUGCACGACAAAGGAGGAAGAAAAUGGAGAGCCUUUGCUAUGCUGUGUGCGUAACCCUUUUGCCUGUAGUUACAAUCUCCUUUUAUAGGAGCUCAAAUGAACGACAAAAUUAAUGAUCAUUACACACCAAGCUACGAAACGUCCUGCAUUAAUCUUCCUUUAAUGCAUCCGCUAUACAAGCAGCAAAAAAGUUUACGUGGUAAAAUGUUAGUU